AUGGCUUCCUCUUCUUCUUCUUCUUCUUCAUCCAUUACUCCUAAAAUAGAGUAUGAGGUUUUCCUUAGUUUCCGUGGUGUGGACACCCAACAAAACAUUACCAGCCAUCUUUAUGAAGCCUUUUGUCAAAAAAAGAUUAAAACUUUCAUUGACGAUAGCCUUGAUAGAGGAGAAGAAAUUUUUGCAUCUCUUUUGAAGGCAAAUGGACAUUCAAAGAUCUCGGUUAUCAUUUUUUCUAAAGGGUAUGCUUCCUCCAGAUGGUGUCUCAAAGAACUUGAAGAGAUUGUUAAAUGUAAGAACACGUAUGAUCAGAUCGUAAUACUAGUCUUCUAUGACGUAGAUCCAUCUGAUGUCAGGAAUCAAACUGGGGAUUUUGGGAAAGCAUUUGCUGAGCUUGAAAAGCGUUUUAUGGAUGAUUCAGAGAUGUUGCAGAGAUGGAGGACUGCUUUGAGGGAUGCAGCCAACCUAUCUGGUUAUGAUUCAAAGAACUCUAGAGAACUAGAGCAAUUCGAAGUAUAUGCUUGGAUAUGUUUGAAGUAGAAGAGUUGCAUUUAAAUCCUAAAGCUUUCAACAACAUGCAAAACCUAAGAUUCUUGAAAAUUUAUGAGUUCGAACAUGGAAAGAAGG